GAGCUGGAGGUGGUUACUGGGGGUGUCAGCGCAAUGGGAUGAGAGGCCGUGAGGAACCUGCAGCUCCAUGCCACGUGAGCCUUGCCAGCACUAGCCAGCGGGGUGCAUAGACUGAGCCGUGGGGCGGUAUGGAUGGGAAAGAACGCAGACAUGUCCGUCUGACAUCGCUCUCUGCUAUGUAUCUGAACAUGUCAUGUUCCAUUAGGUACUCUCAACCAUUCUGGAGCACGUACCCCUGUGCCCUCCCAGGCUGGUGAGCUUUCAGCCUCGCAGACGGAUCCCUGAAGCCAUAGUCAGAUUGCCGUGGGUAGAAAUUGCUGGUUAAUGCUACAAACACUUAGUUGAGGGCACUAUUUGAAGAUUGAAAACAAACAGCCAUAAUGGAAAAGCACUGGGUAUUCUGGGCUUUUGCAGAGAGGUGGUUGUUGGCGUUGGCUUCCUGGUCUUGGGCGCUGUGUCGAAUAUCUCUCUUGCCUUUAAUUCUGACCUUCAACAUGUAUGGCGGUGUAAUUCUGCUUUUGUUAAUCUUCGUAUCCAUAGCCGGAAUACUAUUUAAAUUUCAGGAUGUGUUGCUCUAUUUUCCUGACCAGCCUUCUUCCUCGCGACUUUAUGUUCCAAUGCCAACAGGAAUUCCACAUGAAAAUAUAUUUAUUAAAACAAAAGAUGGAGUACUUCUUAACCUCAUACUGCUGCGAUACACUGGAGACAAUGCAAACUUUUCACCCACCAUUAUUUAUUUUCAUGGUAAUGCAGGGAAUAUUGGUCAUAGGCUGCCGAACGCUUUGCUGAUGCUGGUCCACCUAAAAGUAAACUUGCUUUUAGUUGAUUAUAGAGGAUACGGAAAAAGUGACGGGGACCCUAGUGAAGAAGGCCUGUAUCUAGACUCGGAAGCCGUGCUCGAUUAUGUUAUGACUAGGCCCGACAUAGAUAAAACAAAGAUUAUAUUGUUUGGACGCUCUUUGGGUGGAGCAGUGGCGGUCCACCUAGCAUCAGAAAAUGCACACAGGAUUGCAGCUCUAAUGCUAGAAAACACUUUUCUUAGCAUUCCUCAUAUGGCUAGUACCCUGUUUUCCUUCCUUCCAAUGCGAUAUCUUCCUCUAUGGUGCUACAAAAACAAGUUCUUGUCUUAUAGGAAAAUUUCCCAAUGUCGAAUGCCUUCCUUGUUUAUCUCUGGGUUGUCAGACCAAUUAAUUCCACCGUUCAUGAUGAAGCAACUCUAUGAACUAUCUCCAUCCCGGACUAAAAGAUUGGCAAUAUUUCCCGACGGGACACACAAUGAUACAUGGCAAUGUCAAGGCUAUUUUGCAGCACUUGAACAGUUUAUUAAAGAACUGACCAGUAACCACUGUCCAGAAGAAAAUGCAAAGACUUCUAAUGUGACCAUUAUAUGAAUGCAUUCUUCUUCCUGUUGCGCUGUUGUACAUUUUAUAUGUGAGAAAUGGUUAAAGAAUGUAAUUUGUAUUAAUCGUUGAAACAUGGGGAAAGAACGUGAGAUUACAUUUUGGGAAGUGCAUCUUUAACAUAGCUGAUAUUCUCUCAGCUUUACCUUUGUCCACGUUUCUCGAUAAACUUUGAAGUAGACUAAUGUCAGUGCAUGCACUGUUUUAACAUAUUCACUAUUUUUUUGGGGGGGGGGUUGAGUGGAGGCUAUUCUUUGUUUCAUAUGAUGUAAUGACAGCUUGUAGAUUAAAAAUCUGGUAUGGUUUUGGUUACUCUAA